AUGGAACCCAUAACUCCUUACCGUCCAUACCUUUUGCGCCUUUGGUUCUUGGUGGCCCUAGUGCUUGUCACAACGGCCUCUCUGGGACUGGUCGAAUAUUCCCUCCACAAACUUCUAUCAACUGCUGAUCUCAGCAGCGCGGUUGUGGCUGGCUCAGACUACAACUCGACCUCCUCUACACCUUCCUUCCCUUCGUCAGUCGCUCGCAAGACAACCGUAACCCGUACGACACUUGCCUAUAUCAACGCAACAGUGCAGAUACCAAAUGCAAAAGCGACCCGAGGUAGGAUGCGCACUGAAACCAGUGAAAAUACACACAUCUCCAAGCGAGCCGGACGCCAGAAUUCCACUAACCCAAGGGUUACCAGAUGGAACCCACGUCCCACACAAAGGCCUUGGAAUCCAGAAAGAAGCUCUCCAAAAGACUCGAGCAUAGUGGCAGAAUGUUCAGAACCCCUCAAUCCCCCGGCAUCUGGAGAUUGUGCCAUGAUACUUGACCCCAGUGUAAUGAGUGUACCCGCCUAUAUAAGUCAAAUCGGUUCAGCAUGGGGUGGAUGGGUGAACAUUGGAUUGCCUGCAACAUUGCUCCUUACGCCUCGUCCUCCCAAGACUCCCGCACCCACAGCAACUAGCUACCCCGAAAUCGAAACUGAAACAGUGGUAGAAACUCUGACGGUAUAUUACCCCGAAACCAAGAUUACUACUGAGAUAGCGCUUCCCACCACCGAGACAACUUUCACCGCUCCCACGCAAGUGGUAGGCAACGAGACUCCCUCACCUGAGGGGAUAUCCACAGAAGCAAUCUUCACCAUUCAGACCGUUCCCAACCCCGAUAUAUCUCCCACUUCCACUCAGCCGGCAGGCAUUAGCACAGUUUUCACUGGGAGGCCAUCCAUCAACGUAGUCCUCAGCAUUCAAACGGUUCCCAACCCCGGAAUUAUUACCAAACAGAUGCAGCCCAAAGCAGCAGAAAGCACCAUUAUUUCCGAUUUAGAGGCAAUGGAUAAAAAAGACACCGAAACAAACAGGCUGUUUACCAGCUGGUCACCCACUGUGCACGCCACUGCCCCCCGCAAUGUCCGGCAUUCAGCAUCACUGAAAAACAGGUCAACCUCUGACACGUCCUGGCAGUUACUUACCCCCGCAAAUGCCAUAAUAAUCACUAGUACUUCAACACCGUCAGUACCUACUCCAAGAGGGUCAUCUCAACUGGGUACUCCAGAAUAUUUCAUGUCCACAAGCACUGUUCCCACACCGAGGACCAGGGGCUCGACAACAACUGGCUCACUGGAAUACUCAGCAUUCUCAAAGGCCAUAAUAAGCCCCAUCAUCACUUCAUCUGUUUCACCUAAUGAGGAAAGUUCCACAGGCGGAAAUGGCUCAUACAUUGUUUAUGUAUUGACACCAGAAGCUUACUUUCUUGGAUCCUUUGCUCCUCUCAUAUUCGCCAUCCUCUUCUAUCUACCGUGGGCCAGUUUAGAUGCAGUUGCAAAGAGGAUGGAGCCGUUUUACCGACUGAGCAGCUCCAAGGGCGCAGUAGCAUCCGAGUCCCUGAACGUUUCCUACGAAAGCCAAGUACCCUUGGUCGGGCAGCUUUGGAAUUCACUCAUCCGAAGACACUGGGUUGUAUCACUCACCUCCUUUCUGGUCAUAUUAUGCCAGGUCUUGAUGGCACUUUCACCAGAAGCAAUCCGAAUAUCUGUGAUAGGGAUCGACUGCCGUGCGAACGUUGCAUGUCCUGGGGUAUUGAGCGUGUCAACAGCGCCUGCCAGGGCAAUGGAAGCUAUGUUGCUCGUCAUGAUUAUUUGCACUGCUGUGCUUGCAGGGCAGCUUUGGAACCGACGAUCCCAGCUAUACUCGGAACCUUUCAGUCUUGCUGGCACAGCAACCCUGGUGGCGAAUGAUGGCUCCUUCUUACAGCUAUUUCGGCAGGUGGACUCUCAGUCUCUGACGUCGGAUGGCAAGGGAUUGGAGAAAGCAUUGGGAAAAAACACGCGAUACCGCCUCACAAUAUACAAAAAUGAGGGAGGGGCAGCACAAAAUGGCAUUGUUUUGGAGCCACCGCACACGACCUCCCAAGCCUUUCCGGCCACCACAACUCCUGCAUCUGGCGUCAAAUUCCUUCCAGUAAAACGGUCGAAUCCCCUAAUAUUGGAAUUAUGUCUCCUUUUUCUCAUCAUCGUCAUUAUCCUGCCGAUAAUAAUCUGGUAUUAUCUUAACAACGACCAAAACCAUCCGCUUGAGCAAUUCCUGAGCGGCCAGGACUUUGGAGUCAGGUUCCUUUUCGCGGCAAUAGGCAUCCUCAUCGACGAGCUUUGGAAGAACAUUUUUUCAAGUAUGCGUCCCUUCCUUUUCAUGCACUUUUGCUUAUACUAA